AUGUGUUGUGUCUGUCGGGCAAGCAUUGGUGGAGAAGCAAUGACUGUUUCUUCAGAAGAUUGUUAUUUGUUGUUACUGAAGAAAAAUGUCUUCAUACCAGAAGGUGCAAGAUGUUGUUCUGAUCAUGUGACAAAUCGUCGUUUCAAAUCAGAAGCAAUGGAUAAAAUUGCACCGUACUCCAUACAAAUGAAAAAACUAAAUGCUGUUGAUGUCCAGCUUUUGUUAAGCAAAUGGCAGAUGUUAUAUAAAAACAAAAAGCGGUUCGAUUUCGAUAAUUCUCAAUCAAUGUCUGACGAUGAAUAUCGAGCUUUGACAAGUCUUUCGAAAAGUCAAUUCGAUGAUCGUAUUAGACGAUUAUCACAAUCGAAAAUGCGCAAUUCGAGUAAUAGAUCGAUUCGUACUGCCAUUGCCAUCUUGGUAUGCAAGCUUCGUCUUGGUUUGUCGAACCAAAUACUUGCUAUACUAUUUGAAUUACCUGACAAAAAAACAGUAUCACGAAUUCUUGAAAGCGCAAGAUCUGCAUUAAUGGCUGAAUUCGUACUGUACAACUUGGGUUUUAGUCAUAUUUCUCGUCGUGAAAUAAUCGAUCAACAUACAACUAAUAUUGCUAAGCAAUUGAUGUGUGGCAAUGAUAAUGACACAGCAGUAGUUGUUAUCGAUAGUACCUAUGUCUAUAUUCAAGUAAAGAAUAAUUGA